UAUUGCAGAUUCAUAUUAUUGGGUGAACUGUAUUUGCAUUCAUUCAACGAUCUCUUUUGAUUUAUUCAUAAUUAUAACACAAUUUACACAACAAAAUAAAAGAGAGAAAAGAAAAAACAAUACAAUAAAAACCGUUUCUCUGCCGAUCGUUAAGAUAUGGACCAUUCAUUCACUUCUAGAGGAAUGGAGACUAACAUAACAUUAUGGCAAUUCUUGUUGGAGCUAUUGUUGAAUAAUCAGUACAAAAACAUAAUCACGUGGACCAACAAUGACGGUGAGUUCAAACUGGUGUCGGCUGAAGAGGUGGCGCGACUGUGGGGUCUGCGGAAGAAUAAGCAUAAUAUGAAUUACGACAAACUGAGCCGAGCGUUGAGGUAUUAUUACGACAAGAAUAUCAUUAAGAAAGUGUUGGGACAGAAGUUUGUCUACCGAUUCGUCGCCUUCCCUGAGAUCAUCAAAAUGGAGAAUCGCGUGUCGUUUCACCAGAAGAUGGAGAGUAUGGCAAACGGCGCUGUAGUGGCCGUCGACCACAAGCCCACCAUCACCUCAGCCGCCAAUCUGGGCACAAGUCUGUUGGCGCCCAACCAUCACCUCCAACAGCAUAUCAACGCACACAACAACCACAUCCAUCACUCGAUGGAGCCGACGGACCUGUCCUGUAAGACCGGAUCCCAUAACAACAGCGCCACUAAUAACUCAAUCAAUAACUGUAUUAAUAAUACAAACAAUAAGAAUAUAAGUAAUAUUAAGAAGAGAAGUAAUGAGGACUCGGAGUCCAUCUGCGACUCCGAGGGCAGCGCCGACAGCGACUCGACGUCAGUCAGCGCUAACACAAACAAACGGCUGAAAGCGCUGCGACCGCUGUCAGCGCCGCGACCGUCGUCUCGAUCGCCGUCGCCCUCCAACCGCUCGACCACUUCGUCGCCCGCGUCGGCCGAGAGCUCGACGUCAUCGCACGGCUGUUCGCCCGUCAACCUCACGUCCAGCGCUGCAAAGUCGGCACAAAUGCCCAAAUCGUUGACCAAAUUCAAGCCCAAACCUCCGCCGAUCACUGGUCUGCCAAUGAGUCCGAAUCGUUUUAACCACGCGUUCGCACAAUCAUUGCAGACACCGAUCGUGACGUUCGCGUCU